CAUUACCGAAUACUCCCGACAAAUUUUGUUAUUGUUGUGCAGGCAGGCGAAGGAGUCAGACGACUAAUUAGGCCAAAUAUGACCAAAAAUUAGUCGUUUUAUCUUCUGCAAUGUAUUUCAUUAUAAUGCUAGGAGUCAAUAUUUAGUGAACUUUGUUCAUUUUUUCCAAAAAUGCUCAUUGCAAAUCGAUAAAAUUGGAUUUAGAACCUUCGUCCUCGAGCAGCUGACGGAACAAAAAGCUCGGAGUCGUUCAGACUUGAAGAUCGCAGGCGAGCCGAGAUAAUGGACUUUAUGUUUGAUUGGGAAAAUGAGAACGAUAGGUUUUCUUUUGAAGAUAGCGAGCGAUUUGAGGAGGAUUCGCUCUGCUCCUGGAUAAGCGAGCCUGAGAGUCUUUGUAAUAAUUGGAGAGGUUGGAAAAGACAAAAUGGUGGGCAAGCGACUAAUAAUAAACAACAGACGGGAGCUGUGUCUUCGUUAGUGGAACUAGCCUCAAAGGCAGUAGCUUGUCACAUACCUUUUGAAGUCGUGGAACACUUCCCACAGCCCAUUCCUGAACAGAUUCAGCUCAGGAUUGCAUUUUGGAGUUUUCCUGAAAAUGAAGAGGACAUUAGGUUGUAUUCCUGUUUGGCCAAUGGCAGUGCAGAUGAAUUCCAGAAAGGAGAGCACCUCUACAAGACAAAAUCAGUCAAGGAAGUCCUGCAAAUUGGAUUCCACCUGAGUGCCUCAGUGAUACCCCCACAAGGUAUACAGCAGGCUAAGGGAAACUUCAAUGUGGCGGUGGUGUUUGAUCGUAGGAGAAUCUCUUCCUGUACCUGUACUUGUAACAGUCAACCCUCCUGGUGUUCACAUGUAGUAGCCCUCUGUCUGUAUAGAAUUCACCAGGCACCAUCAGUGAAGUUAAGAGCUCCUGUAUCAGAAUCCCUGUCCAGGCUACACAGAGACCAGCUGCAGAAAUUUGCCCAGUAUCUCAUUAGUGAGUUACCACAGCAGAUUUUACCCACAGCACAGCGAUUGCUUGAUGAGCUUUUGUCUUCCCAGGAGAAUGCUAUGAACACAGUCUGUGGAGCUCCUGAUCCAACAGCAGGGCCCUCUGCCAAUGAACAAACUUCAUGGUGUCUUGAUGAAUCAGCUCUGCAUGAAAAUGUCAAGAAGACUCUUGUCAAAUUCUGUGUCCCUUCUCCAAUUGUCUUCAGUGAUGUCAAUUAUCUGUCAGCGACUGCUCCCCCUGCUGCUGCGGAAUGGCAGAGUUUACUCCGCCCUCUGCGUGGUCGUGAGCCUGAAGGAAUGUGGAACCUUCUGUCAAUAGUACGGGAAAUGCUAAGGAGAAAUGACAGUAAUGCUGUACCACUGCUUGAAAUCAUAACUGAUGAGGUCCUGCAAUGUGAACAGAUUCUUGUAUGGUGGUUUACAACAAAGGUAACAAACAACAACAGUAACAACAUAGGAAGAGGAAAUGGAGGAUCUGGAGCUAAUGCUACCCAGCAUGCGGCCUCCAGUCUCUGUGAUGAGAUCGUCACGUUAUGGAGAUUGUCUGCCCUGAACCCCAAACUGUCACCCAUACAGAGAGAUGACCUAGCCGUCAAGUUCAGAGAGUGGCAUAUUUCAACUAUUGAGAAUGUGAAGAAAGCACGUUCCUCUUCUCUGAGUGGAUCAGCUAACAGCGGACUGAAGAAAAACGAUAUGGAGAAUUUCAUAGGAUUCAAGCCAAGUAUUGAAGCCUGUAAUUUAGAGUGGUCUGAUUAUCCUAUACCUGGUGUGACGUAUUCGGAAAAGGAAGGAUCUUGUUAUGUGAAAUAUAGAUUCAACAAACAUAGUGAAAAGGAAACUAAAAAACCAUCCAGGAUUCAAGCAAUGCCUCUUUGCUUAGACACUAUAAUCAGUACUGAUAACAAAACAACUCUAGCACAGGCACAGUAUAUGCUACAAGAUGCACAGGAGUUUUCAAACAUUAGGAGAAAUAAUAACCUUGCUGGUCAAAGAGAUUCUAUAGUUAACGAUGGUGCAAUUAGCUCAGGGUCAGAAGGUUUCUGUGAACCAGAACGCAGUAGUUCAUUAUUCAGAGGAGAUUCAGAUUCAGGAUCAGAAAUGAAGGAAGUCAACAGUAGGAGCAAUUCUUUAGACAGUCACGACUUGCGAAACUAUGCCCCCGAACUGAUAUCUAGUAGUUUUGGACUUGAGCGAUCUGACAAUGGAGUAUUUUGUCAGAGUGCCAGCAAUGCAGAUGAAGUGUUUGAGGGAGCGGAAGGAGGGGCCGAGGGAAUAAGUAUUGGUAUGUUUGGAAAUGAGGCGGAUGAGAGACAGAUGAUCGAUGAAGUGAAUGGUCACUCACAUAGGGCAGAAAAUUUAGACGUUCUUAGACCACUAGAUGACUAUCAGAUUUAUUACUUCAACAAUCCGAAAAUUCCAGAGCCUUCCAAGAAUAAGGGAGAUAAAUCAGAGGAACCAAAUCUGUUUGCUGGUGUGAAAGAUCUCAAUGCCAUGCAAGACCAGAUACUGUUUUCCCGAGCAGAGGCUCUUCAUGCACAUGGCCAUACCAGAGAUGCUUGUCGACUUGCUCAGAAAUUAGCUGAGGAACUGUUAAGUAACCCACCAGAUCUGCUGGCUGAAACUGCUAACCUUCCAUCACUCAAAGGAAAGAAGAAAAAGGCAUUAACCAAUAUCAGUCUAUUGGCCAGUUCUACCCUCUCCAAGGCAGCCUUUCUGUGUAGUGUGUUAGCUGAGGAAUCAGAGUGCCACCACUUAGCAUUUAAAGUUGGAAUGUUUGGUCUAGAAAUGCCAAGACCCCCAGCAUCCAGCAAAGCCCUUGAGGUAAAAUUAGCUUACCAGGAGUCAGAAAUACUGAAUCUGUUGAAAAAGAUUCCGUUAGGACCCGCAGAGAUAGCUGUUUUACGAGAGAAAGCUGAAGAGCUGAGAGAUGGAACAUUCAAAACUCGUGGAGAUGCCCUUCUUCCACUAACUUUAGCAACAUUCAUCUUUGACUCUCUAUGUCUACCAGUGUUUCCAGUUGGCUGUUCCAGUAGCCGCCCUCCCAGUAGGUCUGUGCAGAUUACUGUUAGGACAAGUGUGGAUGAAAAACUUGGAUUUGAUGGAGCUGUAGCAGCACUUGGUCUAAAAGCCAAUGUUUCUGAAGCUGAACACCCCCUGUUAUGUGAAAGCACUAGAAGACAAAGAGGAGAGCUGGCUAUUGCUAUGUUAGUCCACUACAAGGAUGACCCGAUAAAACUUAGCAAGAUCAUGGACAAGUUGUUAGAUAAGGAGGUCCACCAGUUAUACAAAGCUCCAAGCCUAGUUAAUUACUUAGGAGUGAAAACCCCAUCAUCUAAUGUCACAAACGCUGCUAGCAGUAGUAUAAAUACCCCUCAUAGUCCUCAGGCUUCUAGUGCCGGAGCUGAGGCAGCAGGUUCUUCCAAUUCCCCCAAGACAGAAAACACAGCCAAGAGUGGUUCUAGUACUCAGCCAGCUGUCAGUAUUCCUAGUGAAGUCAACCCAGGGCCCAGUAGAGUAUCAGCAGGAGCGAGGCCCAAAAUUACUUAUCCCCUCAGGUACAAUAGUGGAAAAGACACAGAUAGUUCUGCAGUAGAAGAGGAAGAUGAAGUCAGAGCAUUGGAAGCUAAGCUUAGAUGUAUGGCACAGAAAAAGAAACCAUCUCAAGGUAUGGCCAGUAUUGACAGUAGUGCCCCAGAGACCACGUCAAGUGACAACUCUCCCACCCUUAUCAGGAGGACUUGGGGUAAACAUCAGGGCCCGGGCAGUGACUGUGGCAGUAGUGCUGACAGUGACUCACUGGGCUCCAGCAGCUCAGGGGAGAAAGACCCUCGUGUCAAACUGAGGGAUAAUGAUAGUCCACCAGGAAUGAUGCCUACUCCAAUACUCAGGUCUCAACAGUUGUCUAUGGAGUCUAGAAGCAGUACACCAAAUGUUAAAAAUACCAGGUUCAAAGGUAAGAGCAGGAUGAUGCCAACAGUGCCUAACCAGCCAAGUGAAGCCAUAGCUCACUUCAUGUUUGAACUGUCUAAAACAGUAUUGGGCAAGGCUGGUGGAAAUAGCUCCACCUCACUAUUUACACAGCCAACCAACACCAACACAACUACUGGACCCCACCGGAACUUACAUUUGUGUGCAUUCCAGAUUGGUGUUUAUGCCUUGGGUCUUAACAAUUGUGUAUCUCCAAACUGGCUGUCCAGAACAUACUCCUCUCAUGUGUCUUGGAUUACAGGUCAAGCAAUAGAUAUAGGAAGCAUUGCCAUCAACAUUUUGAUUGACACCUGGGAAGGUCACCUGACACCUCCAGAGGUUGCUUCAUUGGCUGAUAAAGCUUCAAGGGGGCGUGAUCCAGCCAUGGUGAGGGCAGCGGCUGACCUGGCACUGUCAUGCCUCCCACAUGCUCAGGCUCUCAACCCAUCAGAGGUACAGCGAGCCAUCUUCCAGUGUAAGGAACAGAGCAGAGACAUGUUAGAGAGAGCUUGUCUUGCUGUAGAAAGCGCUGCAAAAGGAGGAGGUGUCUAUCCUGAAGUUCUGUUUGAUGUAGCCAGGCAGUGGUUUGAGUUAUCAGAGGAGGCUGCCAAAUCAAAUGAAACUUCAAAUAUAUCCCACAAUCAUUCUCAUGUGGAACUUGACAGUGACAAUUCAAAUUCCUCUUCCUUGGGCGCAGAAAGGCAGAGUCCACAGACACUACAAGUUCUCCCCAUGUCAUCCUCCUCGAAUCAUCAAGUAUCAAAUCAGGUCAUGUCCCAUGCUAAUCCCACCUUAUCAGCCCAACCCAUGGUUUUGUCCUACACAAUUCCACCCGCCAAUCACCACCAGCUACCUCAUCAAGCUCUGGUCCAGCAUAUAGGUUAUGUCCAGCAGCUUCCACCAUUUGGGCAACAGUUUACCCCACAGCAUAUCCCCAUCCAUGGUCAUAAUAUUCAUCCAUAUGUCACGUUCCCAUACCAAACUCAGCCCCCAUUCAACAAUAUUCAACUGCAAGGAGCUCCCAAUGUCUACUCUGCAAAUCCUCCACAGUUCAGGCCCCUUGGUACAGCAGUGCAGGUGUUUCCCCCUCAUUCCCAUUGUCAGAUAACCCCUAUUCAAUGCCCCCCUUCAUCGUCAGCUGGAGGGGCUCCCCCACAGCCAAUACACCAGGCUGAAGCCUUGGUUGAAGGAGCAUCAAAUUCUCCAAGUCCACCACACCAAGGUUCAACACAAGGACAUCAUGGACCCAGUCAUCUGGACAAUGAGAAACAGCUGAAUUAUCUCAUGGCUUCUUUUAGAGUAGGAAUGCUGGCUUUGGAGACCUUAUCAAGAAGAGUCCAUGAUGACAGACCACAGACUAAAUACGCCCGUAAUCCACCAUAUGGUGAAGAUGUCAAGUGGCUUCUUGGAAUUGCUGUCAAAUUAGGAAUCAACUACCUACAGCAGUUUUGUGCCAGUGCCGUGAAUGCGGUGGUCAGCCCCUUUAUACUGUAUGACAUUGCUAUAGAGGCAGCCCAUGUCUUGGCUAGGAGUAACCCUGUUGUAGUUCAGAAUCACAUGAGAUCUAACAUCCUUAAUCCACUCAUACAGAAAUGCCUCAAUAUGUUUAAUCAAUGUGCUCAUCAGAAAAUCCAUCAUAUAAACCAGUCAGACUACGAGGACUUUAUCAGCACUAUCUGCAGUGCCAGAAACGCCUUCUGCCUUACACCUGGGGGCCUGGUCCAAUUUCAAGAACUACUACAGAGCCUUAGAAGGUCAAAGUCCUGUCGAAAGGACUUAUGGACAAGAAUCUUACAUGCAUUAGCCACUGGAAAUGUCUGAUACACACUUUGUAUAGUCCAGUGUUAAAGAAAAAAAAAUGAAAAAUCAGGAAUUUAGUAUAGAUUUUUAUUAUUAUUUUUUUUGUGUCAAAAAUUCAUAAAGAAAAUGUUUAAAAAUAUAUAUUUAUGAUUGUGAACUCAUGUUUUAUGUAUUUUAUUAUUUACACUUUGGAAGUCAUACCUUAUACUGACAUUGUUUUACAAUUGUUUGUUUAAUGUUUACUGUUUGUGUUUACUUACAGGAUUUGUUUGAAAGGAAAAAAACAAACUUUUUUUGUGUAAUAGUCCUUGUUUUUCAUUUACCAAUCCAUUGAAGAUAAUAUAAUUGUAUACAUUUUUUUCUGUUUUAUGAAACAAACUGUACUGUUGUUUGUUUUUUGUGUGUGUUCUAUUGAUUCUCCUCAGGUCAUUUUAAGAUUUUUCUAUAUUUAAUGUCCACCCAUCUUUCAAAAACCUUCCCAACUACUUAUAAAAUUCACACACAAGCCAAAAAUGAAGCCAAUACCUUAUAGGCUUCAAAAAGGGACAUCAUUCAAAGGAUUUGAUCUUGAAGAGAUAUUUGUUCUUUUAAGUUAAAAAAUUCAAGGUAUUAAAUGCUGAGGUUUUUCCUUAUUUUUUAACAGAAUUUAGACAUAUAUAAAAAGAAAUUGGCAGACUUCAAAGAAUUUGUCCUAAAGAAUAAAUUACAGGACUCCUGUUUUUUUCCCCCUGAUCUGGGGUGUUGAAUAGGUGCAUGUGGAUGCUAAACAUGGAAAAAACUUGGAAUUGCCUUAUGUUAUAGUUGAUUAGCUCUUAAUAACAUACACACGUUGCCAAAUGAUUUGAUAGUUUAAUAGUUGGAAAUGAAAUAACCUGAAUUGUAGUUGAGAAUGUAAUUUAACAGAAUGGAUGUAAUAAUGGUGGAAGAAAGUUAUUUUUUGCAACUUUAUGUUAGAAAAAAGCUGGUUUGAAUUUAAUGUUGAAAAGAGAGUAGAAAUUGUAUGUACAGUAUAUGAUAAUACAUGUAUUAUUAUUAUCAUAGUAACAGAGUCAUCCAGGUUAAUAAGUUAAUAUUUACACAUAUCAGGCAUCUUAAGAUGCUGUGAAUGUUAGAUUAUUUGUGGUUUAAGAUCAUUUUUUUUUUUUUUUGGAAUAGGAAGAAAUUUCGAGAUAAAAACAGAUGAUAAUUUUGUGGUCUAUUGAAAUAACAUCUAACAGAGCUAUAUAUUUUUAAAACCCCAGGCCAUCAUUAAAAAUUGUUGGUUGCCCUGUCUUGACCUACUGGCUAAAAAUGACCCAACUCAAUUUUUUUUACUUUUAAAAGAAACAGUUAUUUUUUUAAGUACUCUGGAAAAUAGAAUAAAAAAAAUAGCAUUGAAAUUUUCUUUAUUAGAGAAAAAAAUUCUCAUCUGCCUGCUGACCCAAUAUUGUCAGACCUAGUCAGGAGAGGGCAACCAAAGAAUUUUAAAAGGUGGACCCAAGAAAGGUUUGUCAUAUGUUGAUGAUUUACAUGUGUAUUUUGUAACUUCUUUUGAGAAGUUUGAGAGUUUUUCACUAAAAUCCUUGCUUAAUUGUUUGAACUUUAAUAUAGGUAAAUCUUUAUAUGAGAAAAAUUAUCCUAGCUUUCCCAAUGAGGAAAAAAUUAUUCAUUGAAACUAUGUAUUACAUAAAUUCUUUGAGAUUUUUGGUCAUUUAGAGACAUUGUUGAAACAUCGAACAACUUUAGAUUAUUAUAGUUCACCCUACAAAGAUAUUACCAUCUUUUUUAUUUGAAACAAGAAUCUAGAAAGAACAAACAUAACAUCACCUGAAAAUAUGUCCUUAAUCUUUUAUAUUUAUAAAUAUUCUUGCAUUGUUUGAUUCUGAUCUUCAAAGACAAAUCUUGUGUGCUGAGCAUACACCAAAAUGCAAUAAGAAAUACUGAACUUCAUUGUUGCUGAACAAAAAUAGAAUACAUGUAUUCAUAAUUUUACUUAAAUAUAUUUCUAGAGUUGCUUCAUUCCCCUGUUGUUCUAUUUUUAUAAACAAAGAUAAUGUGAACAUUUAACUUUGUUGCAAAUGCAUUUAGUGUUUAUUCAUAUAUCAUAAAUAUAUCUAUUCAUGUAUGUAUAUUUAUUCAUUUUCUGCACCACAUAAGCAUUACUCGUAUAUUUAAGACAAAAAACCUAGUAUUUAUUUAUCAACAAUGUAGUAUUAAACUAAUGGUUAUUGUCUUCCAUGGCAUAUAAAUUACUAAUAAUGUAUUUUCUUGGAAAGAUGCGAAUUAUGGUAAUACCUAAUUUUUAUAAGAGUGAUUGUAUUUACAAAUGUACAGUAGGGAAGAAACACAUGUUUGAAAGAUUGUUCAAUUUGGGAAAAAAUGAAUGAGAAGUGUAAUUUCAAAAUGUUGCUAAUUUUUUGUCAAAUGCUUUUGUAUGAUUGGCUAUGCAAACUUAGCAAAUCUGAAAAAACUUGCAAUCAGUAAUAUGGUGGGGAAUUAGAGUUUAAAAUUGUUUCUAACUUUGGCAUACAAAAUUUAACAUUUCAUGAGUCAGGGAUGGGGGGUAUGCUAAACAUUGUUCUUUUUCUCUUAUUCAGUAUUGGUUUAUAGUUAUCAUCAUAUGCCCAGAUAUACAGGGUUGAAAACACUUCAUUUGAUUUUUGACAAAUUGGUGACUGUAUGCACAGUAGACUUGAGUUAUACAUACAAACAAUAUAUACAUAUACAGCAGCCUUGAAAACAUAGUCAGUAUGCAAGACCAGUGUCCCAAAACAUGACAAAAUUUGAUCUCAGCUUGUAUCACCUAUGUACCUAGUAGAUUUUAAUAUUUCAGUCAACAGGUAGAUUUUUUGGAUCUCUGCGUCCCUGUCACGGGAUUACUCUCUGUGUUCAUCACCAUAUCUCUGGUAGAUAGCUCUUUUAAUGUACCCUAUGCACUUCAUCUAUAAACAAUGUUCAGAAUAUGCACUUAUCAACAUUUAAUAAAUGUGAGUGUCAAGCAUCUUUUUUAUACACAUGUAUUUAUCUGAAAGUUAAUUUUCUGUCAUUUACCUAGUCAAUGAAAAUUUAAAGAACAUUUUAUGCACCAAAUUGAAUGAAAUUGUUCAGAAAAAAUGAGAUGUAUGAAUUAUCAGAAUAACAGACCAUAAUUUCUAAGUUUCAAUUUGAAGGAGCGUAUCCUGCUACACAUUUUUCAAACAAAAUAUAAUUCAAUUGUACACAUGUAUUUCAAUUUUUUUUAAAAAGUGUUCAGUCCUAUUGAGGUUAUUUAUAUUGGUUCUGCUUGAUAGUUAAAAUGUAAUUUCUUAUCAAGAAAACUAUCUUCAUCUUAUUUAUUAACAUUUUUGUAAGCAUAGUUUUUUGAAGAAAUUGUGAAUUGAAUUAUAAGAUGAAGGUAUUUUUUUAAGUAGACAGAAGUAGAUGAAGUCCUGACAUUAUUGUCAUAAAUAUCACCUCACACCAAUCUCCAGUCAAUAAAUGUAAAAAAAAAUAAAAAUCAU